AUGACCACCUUGCCCAAGGGAACCACCAGCGCGACGAAGCGACGCAAGGCCGUGAGCUUCACCGCCGCCGCCGAGGAGCAACAGCAGCAGGAGCAGCAGCAAUCACCAACCAAAGCUCGUGCGCAGCAACGCGACAGAGGGAGCACUGCGUCGAAGGAGGAGAACGAGCGAAAGGGAACCUCGCCCAAGAAGCAGCGCAGAAGGAUACAGUCAGCCGAGGACCUGCCCAAGCGCGACCGCAAGAAGAAAAAGAAAGGCAAGGGCAAGAAGAAGGGCAGUUUCCUUAGCGAGACGGAGAUGCAGCAUGACUCGAUCGAAGACUCGUCUCCUCCGCGGCCAAAGCGGAGCCCCAGCCCGAAGCCCGAGAGAAAGGGAAAAGAAAAGGAGGAGAGGGAGGCCGUGCCUCCGCCGGCUCAUGAAGAAGAGCCCCUCUCUCGGAACGACUCGUCGAACACGACCUGGUACAACACAGACACCGACGCAGAGAUGUCCGACAGCAGUGAUUUUGAGGACGAAGACGAAGACAGCUGGGAGAGCGACGAACUGGAGACCACGCCGCAAAGGGACACGCUAUCGCCACCUGAGCAAGACUUGCGAGGCAUCGUGGGGCUCGUACGCGGGAAGGGCGUCAAGCCGGUGCUGUGCGAAGUAGGCGGACAGAACCUCAACUGCUGCAACCUGUUGCUGCAGGGCUCGAGCAAGCUCGAGGAGCCGAUCGUGGAGAAGAAAGGACAAGCGAAAGACCUGGUCACCGAGGGAGACAACAUUCCAGCGGCAUUUAACAUUCUUUUAUGCCCACAACACAAUCCAGCCGAUGUGCUCGAAUUGGCGGCGGACAGCAACGCUGACAUGCAGCGCUGGCUGGCCUUCUUCCGGUCGCUCUACACGUCCUGCCGGCUAACAAGCGAGUCAAAUCGCCAGAAUGAAGUCGGCGCAAGUCUGAUCCAAGGCUUCCUCUGGCUACACAUCAGCUGGACAGGGCUGACCAACAUCUCCACCCUCACCGAUCUGUACGAGCGCGCCAAGCCCUCCCACCGAGCGAUGGCAGUGGAGACCAAGUGGCAAUGGCAGCGCUACUAUUGUAUCUGCGACUCGUCUCGGUUUGAGUGGUUCGCUCUGUCGUACGUGGCGACGAGGUGCGGCCCGCCGUUCACGGUGUCUCGCGUGGCUGUGCAUAUCCAGAAAGUGGUGCCGCUGCACUCGGUGAUCCAGGUCCAGACGUCGGUCAUCGAGCCCACGAGGACCAUCAAGUUCAUGGCUCGAAGGAAUUCCAAGUCGGCCUUCAUCGGGUGGGGCGACGACGUCGAAAAGGUGCUCGAUCCCCGCUACUACCGAUACAAGGUCAGCCUGAUCAAGGCCAACUCGAAGGAAUCCUUCGCAUUCCUGACGUCGUCCAUCGAGGACAUGCACGCCUGGAGCAAGGCCAUCGUGUCGCACCAACGCGAGCCCGAGACCCGACGAUCGGGCGGGGGAACGACGUCGAACAUGCCGACGCUCAUCGAGGAAAAGUCGCCCAGGCCGGAGAAGAGCGCGGGCGAGACCAUCGUGAGGACCAAGUACCGCGAGUUCCGGCACUGGCGCAAUGUCAAGGUUGUCAUGAAGGACGACGAAGACAAUGAGGUGCUCAAGAUUCGGUCUUCUUGCCGACAGUUCCGCAAGAAGGCCGAGAAGAACAUGGCCUCCGCCCAAUGGAGGGGACAAAGAUCCAAGAGCGCGGGCAACCUGCGGGCCAACGUCAACCCGCCGGCCUCCCCUCGACUGGCCAGCAGAGACGACUUUCAGUCUCAUCCCGCGGUCUCACCCGCAUCUCCUCGCUCGCCACGCAUGAGAGACACCAGCGCCACCGGCAGUGGAGGCACUGCGGACACCACCACCACCAGCAACAAGAAGUACUUUGUGCUGUCUCUGGACGGCGGUGGCAGUCGCUGCAUCAUUCAGACGGUCAUUCUCCAGCGGCUCGUGCAAGUCAAGUUCGACCUGUUUGCAGGAGUGAGCGGCGGGUCGAUCAACGCGGCGAUGUUGGCCACGGGCAUGAAACCGGAGCUGAUGGCCGAGGUCCAGAAGUUCAUGGCACCGGCCGUGUUUGGAAAGGGCAAGCGACAGGCCACCCUCGAGCUCAAGGGCCUCUCCCUUCGUCGUCAGUCAUUGGCGCAGUGCUCGAAUCGGUUGUUGAUCGUAUCGUUUGUGUUGGACAACGAGAAAGACGGCCAAGGUCGCAUGUGGGAGCCUCGAGUUUAUCACAACGUCCCGAUGAAGAAGUGCGACGAAGCCGACCAGCUGCCCUUCGCCAUGAAGAAGCGAGAGCUCGAAGAUACGCCGCUGUGGGACCACUGUCUGGCCUCGUCCGCUGCUCCCACCUACUUCAAGAGCCACCCGGUGAGGGCGGCCGAUCUGCAUAUACUCAACAUCGGGACUGGUCGCAUCACGCAGUACCUGGAGGGCGAAGACGACGACCACGACUGGGGCAUCAUCCAAUGGGGUCCCAAGCUGCCCGGCCUCCUCUUCGCUGCCCACGACAGCUUCGGGCACCAACUGAGCAGCACGAUCCUGGGCAGUCGGUACCACCGGCUGGAUCCGUUCCUCGACCGGCCUCUAGGCAUGGAUGACUCCUCCUCCCUGCCCGCGUUGAUUCAUCUGGCACAAACCAUCAAUCUGGAAGACACGAUCGAGUGGAUCAGACACCACAUCUACGCAGAGAUGAAGCCGACCACUGUGGGCGGUGGUGGCAUCAGCAGCAGUGGUGGCGGGCUCAGCACCAGAACCUCCACCUCCAAGACGACGACGACUACCGCCAAGAGCUCCUUCAAGCUCCCGCACGCAUCCGCGGCCACCAUUCCCGCUGGUGUUGGGCUCAACAGCCCGGGCGCGCGGACCAGCCAGACCUGGGACAACGCCUGGUUCGACGCACACUCCGCGGGCCAGUCCUGA